UAGCCGUGUAUAUAUACCGCCUUCUUGAUACAGAUAGUCAGCAGUCGUUGUUUUUAGUCAAUAGAAUAAUGAAUCUCCAAUACCUCUCCUUGGUAUUCUGCGCUUUCUUAGUCCUAGCUGCGGCUGAGGAGAAGAAAGCCGAGGAGCCAAAACCCGUCGAAGCCAAGGAAAAGAAACAAACCAAACGUGGCCUAUUCGACUUGGGCUAUGGAGGCGGUGACUUUGGAGGCCACGGCGGACUGGAGUUCGGAGGCGGUGAUUUAGGAGGUUUAGGAGGCGGCUUUGGAGGUGGCGAUGACCACAUUAAGCACAUUACCAUCACCAAAACUGUACCAGUACCCGUACCCCAGCCUUAUCCUGUGCACAUCGAGAAGAAGGUACCUGUGCCUUAUCCAGUCAAAGUGGCCGUGCCCGUUGACAGGCCAUACCCCGUGCAUAUACCCAAACCGUACCCAGUACCCGUUGACAAGCCGGUGCCUUAUCCGGUUGAAAAGCUCGUGCCCUAUCCAGUCAAAGUACCAGUAAAGGUUCCCUACCCAGUACCUCAUCCAGUACCAGUGCCCAAACCCGUGCCCUACCCAGUGCACAAGCCGGUGCCCUACCCCGUUAAGGUUCCCGUUUACGUUGAGAAGAAAGUGCCGAUUUUCAUUAAAGGACACGAGGGAGAUCUUGAGGGCGGCUUUGGAGGCGGCUUGAGGUUCGGAGGCCAUUUCGGUCAUCAUUUCUAAGCAACGCCUGCUGACUCUCAGCAAUUACAUCAUCAGUAUUCUCUCACCAUGUCGUACCUAUUCAUUGCAAAUAUUUGCAUCAUCUCAUCACCUAGAUUGUAUCAGUUUUUAUUUAUGUGCUGUUUUUUAAAUACAAAUAAUUUGCUGUA